AUGGCCUCGGUCCGGCCCGCGAGUCUCGGCGACUUGGUCGCGGUGCUCCACGCCAAGCGCCGCGCGCGGCCGUCGCACCCUCUGCGCCGGUGGAUCUACUGCAUCGCAACGUCGCCGUGGUUUGACCGCGUCAGCGUCGUCGUCGUGCUCACGAAUACCGUCGUCCUUGGCCUCGUCGACUACUCGAGUCCGUGGGCGACCGGCCCCAACAUGCUGCUGCCGACCAACAUCUUGAUCGAGCGCGUCAACAACAUUUCGCUCGUGCUCUUCGUGCUCGAAGCGCUCGUCAAAGCGGUCGCGUUUGGCGUCUUCGAGUACCUCGGCGACCAUUGGAACAAGCUCGAUCUGAUCGUCAUCAUCUCCGGCAUCGUGGCGUGGGCCUCCGGCGGCCGCAGCGCCGUGGGUCAGCUGCGCAUCCUGCGCGUGCUCCGCCCGCUGCGCACGCUGCGUGCAUUUCCAGGCCUGCGCAUCCUCGUCAAUGGUGUGCUCGCGAGCUUGCCGCCGCUUCUCAACGCCGGGAUGCUCCUCGGCUUUAGCUACCUCACGCUCGCGAUCCUCGGCAUGGAGCUCUGGCAGGACAAGUACCACGGCCGGUGUCGACUCACGCCGCAUCCGGUGCGACUCAACUUUGACCCGACGCACUUUGCCAACGGCGCGUACCCGAACGCGUCGUACUUGGUGGCGGUCACGGCCGACCCGGUGACGUUCAAGUGCAAUAACCUCUCCAACAGCGACGUGUGGCGGACUCCAGUGGCGUGCUUUUGGCCACUGGACCCGACCGACACGCUCGGCCAGUACUGCGGCAGCCGCGCCUGCCCGACACCCAACACGACCUGCGGCUCCAACUAUGACCGGCUCGGCAAUCCACGCUUUUUGAAUUUCUACGCGGGCGGCGCGCUCGUGUUUGAUUUGAUGGGCGAGCCGGACUUUACGGCCAACCUCAACUUUGGCGUCACGUCCUUUGACAACAUUGGGAGUGCGCUCGUCGUCGUGCUGCAGAUCGUGACGGCGUCCGGCUGGAUGGUGCUCACGCAAAAUACCCAAGACGCGUAUUCGUGGGUCGUCGCCGGCGUCUACUUCAACGCAUUCCUCUUCAUCGGCAUGUGCUUCCUCCUCCAGCUCUUCAUGGCGGUCCUCUACACCGAGUUUGAAAAGGCCAAGACGAACCAGGAGCGCCAGCUCUCGUCCCAUACCCCAAUUGCCCGCCCGACCAAAAUGAUGGACGCCGCGGCCAUGCGGCGAGUCGAGGCGCCCCUCUCCGUGACAACGACGCCGUCGACGCGGGUCUGGUACCGCAUUCGGUUCCACACGAUGCGCUUCGUCGGCUCGCGGGCUUUCCACCGCAUUGGACUGGCGGUGACGACGCUCAACGUGACCGUGCUCUCGUGCAACGCGCACGGGAUGUCGGCGACGACCCAAUAUUGGAUUGAAACACUCAACUUUGGGUGCCUUGUCUACUACAUCGUCGAGACGCUCUUCAAGAUGGUGGCAGCGGGCCCGUGGCGCUACUUGCGGGAUGGGUUUAACCGGUUUGACUUUGUCACGAUCGCCCUCGGCAUCCUCGACACGGUGCAGAGCCCGCCCGAGAUCGUCGACGGCAACCCGGGGCGCGUCUCGCCGUUCGCAGCGUUGCGUGCGCUCCGCGCCAUCAAAAUCGCCAAGUCGAUCAAGCCACUGCACCACCUUUUGGUCGCGAUCACGGCCGCCUCAGGCGAGAUUGGCAACUUCCUCGUGUUCCUCUUCCUCUUUAUUUACAUUUACGCGCUCAUUGGCAUCGAGCUCUUCGCGACGCGCCUCCAGUUCGACAGCAACAACCGCCCGCUGCCGUUCAACGGGUCGCACCCCAUGUACCAGUCGCGCUCCAACUUUGACCGGAUCGAGUGGGCGGUCUUUAGCGUCUUCCAAAUCAUGACGUACGACAACUGGCCCGCGGCCCUCUACAAUGGAUGGCUCGUCGCCGGCUGGCUUGGCGCCCUCUACUUUUGCUCGAUCAUCGUGCUCGGCGUGUGGGUCGUCAUGAACGUCUUCUCGGCCAUCCUCGUCGAGUCCGUCAUGGCCGGCACGAGCGCUCAAAAGACCGACGACGAGUCCGAGUCCGACGUCGACGACUUGGCAAACGACCUCGCCGUCCUGCACCGCGCCUACACGAUGCGGAGCCGCUCCCUUCGUCGCGUCUUGCGCAAAGCGCUUCGCGCGAUCAACUUGGAGCAAAUUGCGCCAGCGCCGUCCAUCGUAGACGUGGCGGGACCGCCAACGGCCGCGGUCCACGUAUCGCACGUGUCGUGGCCACGGUGCGCAGCGCGCCGCCUCGUCUCGCACCGGUUUUGGGACCGGAGCGUCACCCUCAUCAUCUUUGUCUCGUGCGUCUUGACAGCGCUCGACUCGCCGCUCCUCGACACGCACCAGGGCGUAGGCUACACGAUCGAGAAGGCCAAUAUGGUGUUCGCCGUCGUCUUUGCUCUCGAAAUGGUGUUGCAUCUCGUCGCGCACGGCGUCUUUGCGUACAUCCGGGACCCGUGGUCGGUCCUCGACGGCUUCAUCGUGCUCGUGUCGCUCCUCUCGUGGGCACUGGGCUCGAGCGUCAUCUCGAGCUUGCGCGCCUUGCGCUCGCUGCGCGCGCUCCGACCGCUCCGCGUCAUCAACAAGAUGCCGCAGCUCAAGGUCGUCGUCAACACGCUCUUCCGGUGCCUCCCCGAGAUUGGCAAGGCGUUCGUCUUCUUCCUCUUCAUUCUGCUCAUCUUUGGCAUCAUGACUGUCAUGUUCUUCCGCGGUGCGCUCGCGUCCUGCGACACGAGCCCGUACACGUACAUGACGAGCGAGACGCCGCCGCCGUGGUUUCCGCCCGACUACAAUGGCAGCUACAACGCUUCAGAUCUAACGCAGUACGACAUCAUGUCCUACCCGCGUCCGUGGACCCAGCUCUCGACGUCGGUCCAAGCUCAAUUGGCCUCGGUAAGGCCCCACGUACUCUGCGACGACCAUGCCUGCGACGUCGAUGAGACGCCAACGUCGCGCGCCGUCUGCGAAGCGUUCAAUCACACAUGGGCCAACGUCGUACCGCAGCGCUUUGACAACAUCUUCCUCGCCAUGGGCUCGCUCUACGAGCUCACUACGAUGGAGGGCUGGGCCGCGGUCGCCAUUGCCUGCGUCGACGCGACCGGCGCCGACAUGCAGCCGAUCAAGAAUGCCAACCCGGCGAUGAUGUUCUUCUGGAUUUUCUUUAUGAUUGCCGGCGCGUUCUUCAUCACCAACCUCUUCAUUGCCGUGCUCUGCGACAGCUUUAUCCGAGAAAACUACGGCGUCCUCGUCACCGACGAGCAAAUCAGCUGGAUCAAGAUGCAACAGCGCGUCUUGGCCAUCAAGCCCGUCGUCGUGUUUCCGUCGCCCGCGCAGCCGAUCCGACGCGUCGCCUACAUGCUGGUGCACUGGCGGAGCUUUGACGUGAUUGUGAUUGCGUGCAUUUUACUCAACAUGCUCGCGAUGGCCAUCACGUACUACGGACAGAGCGAGACCAUGACGCUCCUCUUGAACGUACUCAACUACUUCUUUGCGGCCGUCUUUGUCCUCGAAUGCGUGCUCAAGAUCACGGCAUUUGGCGCCGCCUACUACUUUGCGGACGACUGGAACCGGUUUGACUUUGCGGUUGUCUCUCUAACCGUCGUGAGUCUUGUCGUACCACUUGUCUUUGCAACCGAGUCGCUCGGGCCCGUGGCGACGAUCAUCCGCGUCUUCCGGGUCGGCCGCGCCCUGCGACUCAUCAACCACGCCAAGCUCAUCAAGGCCAUGUUCGACACGAUCCUUAUCUCGCUCCCCGCCGUCGCCAACGUCACGGCGCUGCUCAUGCUCAUGUACUACAUCUUUGCGGCCGUUGGCGUCCAGCUCUUUGCCAAGGUCGGCUUCCAGACCAUGGUCAACCCGCACCAGAAUUUCCAGACGUUCUGGAUCGCGCUCCAGACGCUCAUCGGCUUUUCCACCGGCGAGAAUUGGCCCAACUUUCUAUGGGAAGUAUACAACCAAGUGCCCGCGACGAACCCAACGUGCGCCGAGCGUGUCUACAACGAGUCCAUGUGCGGCUUCAACACUGCGGAGGGGUGCGCCCCGCUCGACGGCUGCGGGUCGCCCUUCAUUCUGCCCUACAUGUACCUCUUCUUCUUCGUCAUGGGCUACGUCGGCAUCAACGUCUUCUCUGGUAUCGUCGUCGACGCGAUCGGAGAUACGUCCAACGCCGCCGUCAUCACCAACGACGUGCUGGAGGCGUUCACAUUCGCUUGGGCCAAGUUUGACCCGAAGGGCACGGGCAUGGUGACGCUGGACGACCUCGCGCACAUCCUUCUCCAAUUACCGCCGCCCUUUGGCCUACGAACCACGCCCCAUGCAACGAUCAAGGCAGCGCAGCGACGCAUGCGGGACUUGCACAUUGACGUGUACGACAAGCAGUACGUGCAUUUCAAAGACGUACCGCGCGCCCUCGUGCUCCAAGCCGUCAGCAGCGGCGACCGGCAAAAGAUGCUCGAGUGCGCGCAGAUCAUGGAAAACAUGGGUUUUGCGCGCGCGUUCGACGACGCGUGGUUCAAAAAGUGCGACAAGACCAAGAUGGACGCGCUCAAAGCGUUCGAAACCGCUAAGGCGCGUCAUCACUUUGCGACCGAAUUGAUUGCGAGGACACUUCUCGAUCAUGUGCAUGCGCGACGACAGCUCAAGGCGUAUGCUGCCGAAGCGGCGAUGGAAAAAGCUACCACGGACAAGGGAGGUGCUAUGGCAGAAGAAGACGAAGCGACCAAGGAAGAAGGAGCUAUGGUCAGAGCCACACCGCCGCGAGGCAAUGACCGAUCCGCCACGUCGUCGGCGCGGCACCACAAGUCGCAUAGUAAAGCCAAGCACAAAGCGUGA